UUUGCUGAUUACAGAUAAGGUAAUCCUACAUGCCAUAAAGGCUGGAAACAUAAAAACAGUGAACUAAAAUUAUUUCUUAACACAAUUAAAUCUAGAAUAUAGUAAAACACAAUAAGGACGAUGUUUUGCAACAAUGAUCUAACAAUUUACAAUGUAUUUUUUUUGUCAAAGAACACCUAUUGAGAGUAGCGCUACAUUUAGCAAAAAUGAACCCAACAUCUUGCAUUGUAGCGACAUCUAUGACCGAAGUUCUAAAUCACAAGGAACUAUCUACAUAAAUUCGCGGCAUAUGAACAACUUUUUUAUUAUUAAUAUUAGGAAAGAAGUUAUUCUUUUUAAAAAGUCGAGAAUGGUCUAAAACCUAAAAUACAACCAACCAUCAGAUAUGAAAUUUUACCAGUCGUAUACGAGGUUUGUUAAAAAUAAAGAUUCUUUACUCUUCAGCAAAAUUCAAAUUAUUUGUGCAACGUUUUUUUAACACGUUCGCGACGUAGUCGAUUUCGGAUGUGUCAACAUACAACCGUAAUUUUUUUUGCUUAAUAUGUAAAUAUUAUUGUAUUUGUGAUCAAUAAACCUUUAUAUUAUACUGUUUUGUUAUUUUUUGUUGUAUUUAAAUAUGUACCACCAGUGGUACACGACGAUUGUGACAUAUUAAUAACUACGCAAAAUGCCGUAAAGAUUCUUGCUCAAUAGAAGUGUAAACAGGUGGGUCAAGUUACCUCGGACGGGAGAGGCAAAACUAUUACAGUGUGUUGUGCCAUUAAUGCAUAUUGAAAUUCAGUACCACCAUUUAUGAUAUUUCCAUUUGUAAAUUUCAAGCAGCCUAUGAUCAAAGGGGCUCCAUCUGGAACUGAUGAAUUUGCUAAUCCAUCAGGUUGGAUAGAGUGGCUGAAACACUUUAUCACUUUUUCAAAGGCUUCAAAAACUUCUCCAGUAUUAUUUAUGGAUAAUCAUGAAGCUCAUAUUAGCAUCUGGGCAGUAAAAUUGGCUAAAGAGAAUGGCGUUUUGUUACUGACAUUACCACCACAUACAAGCCACCGCUUAGACAGUUUAUGGGUCUCUAAAACACUACUACAAUGAUGCUUGCAGGUUUAGUAAACGACAAACAAUUUCCGUUGUAAGUCACAACAAAUAAAAUAUACCUAAAAGCAGUUAGUGUCAUUGAUGACAUGUAACGGAUUUGUGAUGAACAAUAGCUAUUAAAUUUUAAUAUUCAUUUAUAUUAGUUGAAAUAAAUUCAUUUUUCUAGAUCAUGGUUAAUGGAAAACCCAGGAAAAAUAAUUACACCAUAUGACAUAGUGGAAUUGUUAGGAAAAUCACAUCCCCUUGCAUUUAUGUAGUAUGAAAAAUUUAACAGCGGGAUUUCGCUCGACCCAUUGUGGUUAAAAUUCUUUAAACGACUUCCUCCUUCAUUCAGACCACCAUCAAGGCAUCGCCUUUCAUCAGCUUAUCUCAAAGCUCGGUAUACAGAAAUGCAAAAUGAAGUUACAAGCCAGCUGAAGGAUUCAAAACACAUUUACAAUGUGAUGGCUGGAGCAACAUCAGAAAUAAAUCUAUUGUAAACUUUGUUAUUUCAAAACCAGAACCACUGGUUGUGCAGUCCGUCGCAACAAAAGAGAACAGACACAAAGCAUCUUACCUAGCCGAGCUGAUAAUCAAUAUUAUUGAAAAAUAUGGUACUGAAAAGUUUUUGGUAAUCAUUGGGGAUAAUGUUUCAAACAUGAAAGCUGAUUUGGCGUUGCUAAAGAAGUAUCCAUCAAUCAUACCUCUUGGUUGCCUUCUGUGUGAAGAUAUUUUAAAGUGCAAUACUGUUAAAUCUUUUAUGGCAACUGUUACUAGCAUAGUAAAAACUAUCAAGAACAGCCAUGUCUUAAAAGCACUAUUUGACAGGUUUCAAUUGGAAAAAAGUCAAAAGAAUUUCUUUGAAACUGCCUGGUCAAACAAGAUGGGGAAGCAACUUGUUUUGUUUACAGAGUUUAUUAUCAAAUAAAUCUCGUGCUUCAAAAACUAGCUGUCAGUGAAGAAGCAGAAAUCUUAUCAGAAAUGAAACGACAGAUACUCGAUGAUGGUGUGUUUUGGGUCAGAGUUGAAAAAAAUGGUUAACAUCUUAAAUCUAAUUGUUGCCUUGAAUCAAACACCCUCCUGAUCCACAAUGUUUAUACAAAAUUUUACACUCUGCAAGAAACCAAGAAAUGCCAGAAUCUCCACUUCCAAAGAUUGAGCUUUAGAAAAACGUAUUCAAUUUGGGGUAGGACAAAUUCACCUGGUUGCUGACUUGUUAAAUUCUUCAUCUUAAGGUUGUAAGUUGAAGCCUGAGGAAUUACUUGAUGCUAUUACUUUUCUUUGUGAAAUUGGCGACAGCAGGGGAAUAAAUACAGUUGAUAUUCAUCAAAAUAUAGUUGACUAUAGGGAUAAAGAAGGGCUGUGGCGAAGGUCUUUUAUUUGGGAAGGUGUAAAACAUUCACGAAAUGAAAAAGCUAUCAGUUCCAAGUUAUGGUGGAGGAGGUGUAUUGGCUGAAGUAACUAUAAGAAUAUUAAGAGCCCCUUUGAUAUUUGCCGCAACUCAAAGAACGUUUAGUACUUUCAGUUGGAUUCACUGUAAAAAAAGAAACAGACUUACCACCGAAAGAGCUGGACAAAUAGCAUAUUUAUCACACAAUUGGAAUCUUCUAAACAAUGAGAAAAAGCCAAGAACUGUAAAAAGAAGCCAAGAAGAUGAUUUGACUCAAACAAAAGGCCAAAGAGAAGAACUUAUGCAAAUAUCCAAUGGUAGUGGUAGUAGUGAUCGUAAUGACGUCAGUGACGAUGAAAAUAGCAACAUUUCACUCUCAAAUCAUUCCAGUGACGAAAUCAACUCUGAGCCAGAAUAUUCAGACUUAGAUUAAGUCAUCAUAUUGUACUGAAUUCAUUUUUUGAAUUACAAAAUAAAUUUAAAACAAUUUUAGAAGGUUUAACUUCCUACGAGCCGUCAUUCGCUUUAAAUUCAUAAAUACCCGGGUAUUUCACAUCACUAGUGGGACUGCAAGGGUAAAUAACUUAAAUCGUUUUGAUAUUGAACUGCAGUCUUAUAUUAUUGGAUGAAUAGUAUCAUUAUAAUAAAUUCACUCGUAAGGGGGUAAAUUAGGGAGAGUAUUAUUAUUAUAUUGUUUGUUUUUUAAGUGUUCUAUUAUGUAAUGGUGGCAUGUCUACAGAGUCCCUUUGAUGCGUUCAUGGUGCCAUGGUAUGGGGCACCAAGGUCAUGUUUUCGACUUUUAUAAAAUUGUCUUAAUAAAAAUGUUUAAAAUUAUUUUUUUUCUUUCUGUUAAAACUCCAUCGCACAAAUAUGCAGUUGUAUUGUUACUUUGAAAUUAAUGCUGUAAAUCGAUUUUUUUGUUAUCAUGGUUUUUAUGAAAAAGUGACCAAGGUGUCCUGGUCUCCCCUAUAUACAUUGAAGUCAUAAAUCUAGCUAAAGAAAGUGGCACAACAAUAGUUACACUUCUUCCACCUUAUUGUAGUGGAAAAUUACAACCAUUAGAUGUUUCGUGUUAAGCUCCAUUCAAAGCAUAUUAUGCUGCUGCCGUAGAUUCUUGACAAAACAAAAUCCAGGAAAGAUUCUCUCAAUAUAUAACAUCGCUGGUUGUGUAAAUGAAGUACAUCAAAAGCCUAUGAUUUCAACAGCAAUUAUCAACGGCUUUAAGAAAACGGGAAGUUUUCCUUAUAAUAGCCGACCAUUGCCGCGUUUGAGAAUCCAUCUGAGAUGUAGUAAAUCUUUGAUCACGUGAUUCAGUAUACAUAAAUGUAAUGGGACAGAUGUUUCCGAUGUAGAUAAAAAAACGCUGAAGAUGUAAAAAAUGCAUCCGAUGUGGAUUCUCAAACGCGGCAUAUAUGCCCAGUUCUGUAACUGACAGACCGAAUCCUGGACAUUCAAACAAUGAGUUGAUCAAACCCUCAACACUCGCUGGUCCAUCAUCACAAUUAGAUAAAGAGCCAUCACUGAAUGAUUCCGAAAAUAUUUUGCAAAACACUAGUAAAAUGGAAACAACUGAUAAUAAAACUUUUGGAAGUCCUGCGGAGUUCAAAGGAUAUCCGAAAUCUGGCUCUAGAAAGUAAAGGUGGAGAACUAUCGAUAGUAUGCUUUCUGUCUAAUACUGACAGUUGACGUCUAAUACUGACAGUUGAUGUCUAAUAAUGACAGUUGACAGUGGUACUUUGACUUCUUUCAAUGUAUAUCCUAGAUGGUGAAGGCCAAAACCAAACUAAAAAAAGAAGAUCAAAGAAUGUGUGUUAAAGGUUGUCUUUUUUGGGAAUGGUGAUUGUUUUUUGUUUUGAUUUUGAUUUGAUAAAAUAUAAUUAUAUUGUUUAAACUAAUUAAUUCGUUUGAACCGAAAAUUAUACGGAACUGUAAUAAGAAUGUAACUGAUAAUAUGAAGACGUUUUUCAUUUGCACUAUUCGCAGUAAACCGGGAACAAGCCAAAGUAAGUUGGGAUUCUUUCUUGUUUUUGGAAUUCUCUAUAUUAAUGUUCAUUUUCAUUUUGUACGUACCAAUGAUGAUGAAACUGAUAAAAGGCUUAUUGAUAAUCCUAAUAAUCCUAGUAAGGAUGACAAAGAUGGCGAUGAAAAUUUAGAAUCUAAUAAAAGGAAAAGACCAGAGCUUUCCAGUUUGGAACUUUUUCAAAAAGUCCACUGAUAAACAAUUUGCCAAGUGCUUGAAUUUUGGCAAAGAGUAUAAAACAAAAGCAAUUUGACACCAUCUCAAACGAUACCACCUACAUCUUGUAGCAGAACCUUGGAAUAGCCAAAGUACUAAUAUAGUGACAGUGCUUCAAGCCCAACAAGGUCUAGCAACAGAUCAAUUAGCCCUUUCUUUAGGCGUUAAGCUCAGUAUAAUAGCGAUUCUAGAAGAAAAAAGGAGCUGGAUAGGUUGUUGGUCUUAAAGAUUGCAAAGGACUUUCAAUCCUAUAAUAUUGUCAAUGAAACAGGAUUCAGAUCAUUUAUUAAUCUUUUAAAUCCGAUGAACAUUAUAGCCAGCAAGUAUACUAUUCGAGAGAUAAUUUUGAAAAAAGUAUAUUAACACACGUGAAAACCCGAAGAAAAUUUUACAAAGUGUUUAAUUUUUUGCAAUUACUUAAGAUUCAUGGACUUUAGUCGUAAGCGAAUCGUUUUUGACUGUAACUUGUCAUUUCAUCACUGAUGAUUUUGAAUUAAAAUCUGCUGUUUUGUUCACAAAACCGAUAGAAAAUGCAAUUCACCAUACAUCGGAAAAUGUUGUUGCAGCGUUGAGUGAUGUAUUUAAUGAAUGGAAUAUUGAAAUAAAAAUGACAUGUAUAGUAACAGAUAAUGCCUCAAAUAAGGUAAAAACUUGUGAAAUUUUAAAGGGAACAGAACACUGAUAUUCCAUUGAAACUGUUUUAAUAAGUGGCAACAAGAUGGAAUAGUGCUUAUGAAAUGAUAAAGAUAAUUUUAAAAACUAGUGAAACUCUUAAUAGAUUACCAUUAAAAAUAAAAAAAGCUCCACCUCUUACAAAAAAUUUCCAACUCUUACAAGAGGCGCCUUGUGAGGUUAAACUUAUUUUAACACACAACCAUAUGACCAAUACUGCAGAUUCUUUACGGUUUCGUAAAGUUUCUAAGAAUGUUGAUGCCAUUAAAUCUGGGUUUAAUAUUUUGAAGGAACUUGUUGGGGAAUCUAUUUUUGGAGGGCACAAAGAAGGACCAAAAGUCUUUAUGACUGAUGACUAUAUUUGAAAGGAAAGCAAUUUUUGACACCUGGUCCCAAUCAAAAAGAAUGCUGUGUUAUUUCAUGUCCUUCAGGCAGUUUUUAGGUGGCUUUCUAAAAUAAAAAAUGGUGUUCCUAAACAUCAGCAAACACUCAUUUAUAAAGAAUUCAAACCAUUUUGUACUCUAAAAACAUACAGGAAAUGACAGCUAACUACAAUAUAGCUAUUGAAAAUGCAAAAUUAUUUCCUACCUACAUCAAUUACUUAAAUAAUUAUUGGUGGCCAAAACGAGAAAGUUGGGCGAAAGCUUAUAGACAUGGUAUAUUAAUGAAAAACAACCACACCAAUAAUUAUUUUGAAAGUACAAUACGUCAAAUUAAGGACAAAAUCUUUUCUCGAAUAAAAGCAUUUAAUGUAGUACAAAUGGUAGAUUUUAUGUUAACGAAAUUCGAGGACUAUACAGUGAGAAAACUUCUAGAUGUCACAAGCAACCGGUCAGGAAUGAAUCUAUUCCACAGAGAAAUUGUUAUGCCUUCUUCAGAAUUAAUUUAACGAAUUAAAAAGCUUAGCGACAGUUUAGUUGCUGUCCCAGAUGAAACAAAACCAAAUUUGUAAAAUCUAUUAAUAAAGUUGACUGGCUUUUUUAGGUGCUAUCUGCAAACACAUUGAUUGGGCCAAUAUGCUUUUUUGCACAGAGAAAUAUGUUGCUAAAAUAGAUAACCUUGUGGCUACUGGACAAACUUGUAAAAAGGACUGGCUUCAACCCUUAAUUAAAAAGACAAAUAGCACCGCCGAAUCAAAUACUGCUUCUUUGAAUCAAGUGAGAGAAGAUAACACCGAUAAUGCAAUCAGUAACAUUCCAUCACAUCCAGAGGAGACAGAUUUGUCAACAAGCAUACCUAAAGGAAGUAAUGUUGAACAAGAAGUUUAAAAAACGUACACCGAGUUAAUGUCUAAUAUGACUCAGGUUUUCAAUAAAUAUUUUGAAAAAUCACCACUCGAAGUAACCAGUAGUAUGGAAAAAAUGAUGUCAACACUGGACAGCAUUAAAACACCUGCAUCUUUUUCAUCGGCAAUAGCUACAUUUGGACAUGGUGAGUAUUUUUUUGGCUAUUUUUCUAAAUUACAUACAUAAUUAUUAUUUCAGUUUAAAAUUCCUAUAAGACUAUUAUUUUUUUCCCUAGCAUUCACGUACGGUUUAUGAAAUUUGGUAUGUUUCAAAUAAAUAGGUAUUGCUUGCUUUAUCCUGCUAUUGGUGGAGGUCUUGGGCUGGGGCUGGGGGCAGUUUUGAUGCCAAUUUUUUUACUUUGUUUUAUGGUAUUGAUGUCCUGUGGACCUAAGCUUGUAUUUUUGCGGUAUUGGAAUUUUUUUGAUGUUUUUAAAUAAUAUAGUUGAAAAUGAAUAAUUUUAAAAAUAAUUUUAGAAGAAUUAGAAAGAAUUUGAUUAGAAAGGUGUUGGAUAAAAUAUAUGCAUGAAAGCGAAAGCCAACUGAAACGUAUCUUUACUUAACUGAGUAUAUCUUUACAGGAGUUGGUGGUCGCAAAAGAAAAGAAAGACGUAUUCCAAUUCAGACGAACGCAGUUGGAAGGCGAAUAAAAAAAAUUUAAAAAAUUAAAUAAAGUAUAAAAUAAAUUAAUUUUGAUAUUCUCAAGUAUUUUAAUGUGUCUUUAUAAUAUAAGAGCUCUAAGUUUAGUCGAUUAUUAUUAUUCAUAUCGUUGCUCGAAGUGGACGUGUUUGUCUGUGCGCUGUGCCUUGAUUAUAAAUUUGAUAUACGAAAAUGACGAGAAGUACAACUACCAAAGCAGAGGUUAGUAAAAACACUAUUAUAAUUAGUUUAGAAGAACUUAAAGACAUUUUGCAAAAAACAGUAAAAGAACAAACAGAAGUGCUGAUUACAGAAAUUCAGAUACUGAAACAAGAAAUAACCGAUUUAAGAGAAAGUAAUAUAGAGAUGGUUAGAAUGUUAACACAUCAUCCGGCUAGUUUAUUAAAAAACAAUUUAUUAGAAUCUGAAGAUUUAGAUUCUUCAACUUUAUCGGGGCAUACAAUUGUAGACACUAUCACAAUCAGUUGAGAAAGAAAAAAUUGUCCGAUUAGAUAGUAAUUAUUCGAAGGUACCGCACCAGCAGACUUAUUCUAGACGUGGUCGAAGCAGAAAUACAGAGAGGCCCAAGAAAAUUGUAUUAGGUACGGGAACAAAUGAACAUGAACAAAAGGAAAAUGUGGCAGAUGAGUUUGGAAACUUUGCAUCAACUCGUCGUCUGUGGAUAUAUGUAGGUCGUUGUAAACCUACUUCAACUCCAGAGGAUAUUAAAAAAUACCUAGAAAAAAGAUCACCCGGACAUGAAUUUAAUGUAACGAAGUUAAAUUCACAAGGGCGUAAUUCUUCUUACAGAGUAGAAGCUGAUGUCGAAUUAGAAAAUAAUCUAUAUACCCCUAGUUAUUGGCCCAAAGGUGUCAUCGUAAAGAAAUUUCAAUUUCGAAACACUGGAUACCAAGACCGAGAAUUUUAAUUUUAAUUCGUACCAGAAUCAAUAUUUUCUUAAAAUUAUAUGUGUUAACACUCAAUGUAUUACAAAUAAAAUUGAACAGUUUGAGUUAUUAAUUCAAGAAUACAAACCGCACAUUCUGUGUGUUUCAGAAACUUGGUGUUUAGAGUCCAAUUAUACAUGUAUUUUCUUUAAAGAUUUUAAAAUAGCUGAGUACUAUGUACGACCUAACCGUAUACACGGCGGAGUAAUGAUUUUGGUCCGAAAUGAUAUUUAUUGUAAGACUAUAGAUAUUGUAAAAAAUUUAUCUGUAGAAAUGCAUUCAGAGAGUUGUGGUAUAGAAAUUUGUGUUAAAAAUGUAAAAUACUGUAUUAAUGUAAUGUAUAGACCGUCUGGAGCCAAUGUAAAUAUAUUUUUUAAUCAAGUUACUGAAAUAUUAGAUUAUUGUGUAAAGAAGCAUAAAAAUGUUAUUCUUUGUGGAGAUCUGAAUAUUGACUACUUAACUCAAUCUAACAACAAAAAUAUUUUAUUAGACCUUAUGCAAUAUUAUAAUUUGACAAUUCAAAAUACAGAUCCCACGAGGGUACAUAAAGAGAGUAAUGGGACUGUUUCAAUAUCAAAACUUGAUUACGUAUUUACAAAUAUGCCUAUAGAUACUUAUAACGAAACUGUUCAUGAUCUGAAUCUAGGAGAUCAUUUUGGUUUAAUUUUAAAUAUAAAAUCAGAAUUAAUUACUCCUGUAAAAAGACAAAUAUCUUUUAGAAAUCUGGGUGAAAAUGCUAUUGGUAAUCUGCAAAACUAUUUUCGACAUAAUCGUAAUUUUAAUGAACUAAGCAACUACGCAAAUAUUAAUGACAUGUUAAAUGAUUUCUAUGGUGCUAUUAAUUUUGCAAUCGAUAAAUUUUGUCCAAUGGUUAAGAAAAUAGUUUGUUUAAAUCAAAAUAGGAAAUGUAAAUGGAUUACCACAGCGACAAUUGAAAUGGGUAAUAGAUUAAAAAACCUGCAUUGGUUAAAACAGAAUUUUUAUGACAAACAUUUAGAAUUAGAAUACAAAACUCAAUUUAAAAACUAUAAACAAAAACUAAAACGUGAUAAAAUAUUUUAUUAUCAAAAUUCAAUUGACAAUAAGACGAACCCUAUUGAAAUGCAAAAAUACGUAUGGAAACUAGUUAAAGAAAAAAGCGGCAGAAUAAAGACAAAUCAACAAAUUAAAUUAAAAAUCAAUGAACAGAUAAUUGAAAAUAAUUUUGAGGUAGCAAAUAGUUUUGUUAAACACUAUAGUAAUGCAGUAAAAUUAUUGAAUGAAAAGUAUUUUGGAAGCGCUAGUACAGAUUGUACAAAAUGUGUUCUGUGUAACAGUAAUUCGUUUUUCUUUGACCCAGUAAAUAAACAAGACGUUUUAGAGAUAAUUGGAAAUUUAAAAAAUACUAAUUCUGUUGGAGUAGAUUGCAUACCCACUAAAAUUAUUAAAAAUAUUGCUUAUUAUGUAGCUGAACCUUUAGCUAAUAUAAUAAAUGUUUCCGUUCAGGAUGGUGAAUACCCUGAAGAUUUGAAAGUAGGAUUAAUAACUCCUUUAUACAAAAAAAAUGAUCCGCUAAGUUUAAACAAUUAUAGACAAAUAACAGUAUCAAAUGUCAUAAGUAAAAUAGUCGAAAAGGCUAUGUAUAAUAGGAUGAUUUCUUACUUAAAAAAGUAUAAGAUCAUAACUAAAUGUCAAAAUGGUUUUUACCCUGGUAGAUCAACG